UUGCAAAAAUGGGGUGUCAUCAGAUCCUCCUCCGCCUCCUCUGUUUCCUCUUUUUCUUACAUUCCUCCUCCCUUCCCUUUGCCUCGCCGCUUUGCCCUCCUGACCAACACGAUGCCUUGCUUCUCUUCAAGAAUUCCUUCGUGCUCGAUCUCAUGGCGUCGGCCAAUUGUGAUUGGUACGGCCCUGUCGUGUCUUAUCCGAAGACAAACUCAUGGAACAAGAGCGUGGACUGCUGCUCGUGGGACGGCGUCACUUGCGACAGCGUCACCGGCAACGUCGUCAGUCUCGACCUUGCUUGCAGUCGGCUUCGUGGCCCUCUCCAUUCCAAUAGCUCCCUCUUUCUCCUUCGCCAUCUUCAAAAUCUUAACCUUUUCGGUAAUGACUUUGCCGGCUCGCGUAUUUCCCCUAAUCUGGGUGCAUUUGCAGGGUUGACUCAUCUCAAUCUCUCUAGUUCGUGCUUUACGGGUACCGUUCCCCGUGAAAUCCCUUGCCUCUCCAAGCUGGUGUCACUUGAUCUCUCUGUCAAUUAUGUUGACACCGCCUACUCGUCCUCUUCUCUCAGGUUGGAAAAUCCGAUCUUCACAAUGCUUGUUCAGAAUCUGACAACAUUGAGAAAGCUUGUCCUUGAUGAAGUAGACAUGUCCAUGGUUUCACCAAAGUCCUUCGCGAAUUUGUCUUCUUCUCUGACAUAUUUGAGCGCUUCUUAUUGUUCCUUGGGAGGGGUGUUGUUUCUAGAUACUGUUUUUCGAUUACCGAGCCUCACUCAUCUCGAUUUAAGUGCCAAUGAUGACAUGUCACGGACUCUUCCCACUUCCAAUUGGACUGGUCCUCUCAAAUAUUUGUCUCUCUCGUAUACCAACUUUUCGGGAGAAAUACCAGAUUCAAUUGGUAACAUGGAGAGUUUAAUAGUUUUAGAGCUUAGCGGUUGCGGAUUCACAGGACACAUCCCCUCGUCAAUGUGGAAUCUCAAGCAACUCCAAAUUCUAUAUCUUGAUUGGAAUAACUUUAGCGGAGUUGUAGAGUUUGAAAACUUUACAAACUUCAAAUAUCUCCGGGAGCUUGGGGUUUCUCACGAACUAAAUCUAAUCUAUGAUGCACCGAAGUAUACAUUCCCGAAGCUUGAAGUGUUGUGGUUGAGUUCUUGCAACUUAACCAAGUUCCCCUACUUCUUGAGUUCAUUGAAAAGAUUAACACACUUAGACCUCUCUUUCAAUAGGAUUAGUGGGGAGAUCCCUCCAUCUUCAACUUCUAACUUUAGAGCCUACAAUAAUAAUUUCACCGGUGAGAUUCCCUCUUUGAUUUGUCAGUUGAGUUCACUCCAGUUUUUAAAUUUUUUUAAUAAUAGUCUCUCCGGGAAUAUUCCAUCAUGCUUAGGUAAUAUAACCAAUCUCGAGAUUCUAAAGUUGAGCAAUAAUAAAUUACAAGGACCAUUGCCGCGUUCCCUAGUCAAAUGCGUGAAGUUAUUAUCACUAUUUCUCGAUCACAACGAGUUCAGUGAUAUCUUCCCACAUUGGCUGGAAGCACCGCAAUUACUGAGACUUGAUUUGCAAUCGAACAAAUUUAAUGGUUACAUUAACCUCACUGCUUUUGGACUCUCCUUCCUUGCUCUUGAGCUUUUGGUUAUUUCCAACAACAAUUUCACUGGACGGUUGCCCACAGAACUUUUCUCAAACACAUCAUUAGCUGUCAUAGAUUUGUCCAACAACAAGUUUGGAGGGCCAAUUCCGCUUCCAUCUCCUGUCACAUCUUAUUAUUCCAUUGCAAAUAAUAAAAUAACAGGAAAGAUCCCCUCUUUGAUAUGCAAUGCCACAAAGCUCGAGAUCAUUGAUUUGUCCAACAACAGCUUAACAGGUAGCUUGCCUCGGUGCUUGACAACUUUUAGCACCGAUCUGUCGGUUUUGAACUUGAGAAUGAAUUACCUCAAGGGCACAAUUCCUCAUUCAUUUUCUUCGAGAAGCAGUUUGAUGACUCUUGACUUGAGUCGAAAUCUAUUUGAAGGCACAUUGCCCCGGUCCCUUGUCAAAUGUAAAAAGCUUGAAGUUCUGGAUCUCGGUGACAAUCGGAUACAGGAUACAUUCCCAAGAUGGUUGGGAACACUGCCAGAACUAAAAGUUCUUGUUUUGAAAUCCAACAAUUUGAAGGAUCUUGUGGAUAUUCCCAUGGGAGCUCACCUCUUUCCCAAGUUGCACAUUCUGGACCUCUCCAACAACAACUUUAGCGGUCCGUUGCCAGCCAAUUUGAUAACGAACCUUAAAGGCAUGAUGACUGUCGAGAAUGGGCAAGACAAAUCACUUUAUAUGACACGAUCUUUUGGAUCGGCGUCAUACGAGAACUCCGUGACCGUGACGAUGAAAGGGCUAGAGAUUGAGCUGGUGAAGAUCUUGACCUUCCUCACGAUUAUUGAUUUGUCGCACAACUCUUUCCAAGGGGAUAUUCCCGAAGUUAUCGGACAUCUUCACUCUCUCGUAGGGCUCAACCUUUCUCGUAACCACCUUACGGGUUUCAUCCCUCCAACUCCGGGGAACUUGACUAACCUUGGAUGGCUUGAUCUUUCUUCGAACAAGCUUAGAGGAGCAAUUCCUAGAAAUUUGGGAGAUUUGGCAUCCCUUGGGUACUUAAACCUCUCGAAGAACCAACUCACCGGUCGAAUUCCACAAGAUAAGCAAUUGGGCACAUUUCCAAGCGACUCGUUUAAUGAAAAUCCAGGCUUAUGUGGAGCUCCAUUGCCAAAUGCAUGCCGUAGUGAUGCUCAAUCUCAUCCACCAGCAUCCUCAUCAACUUCUGAUCGCAAAGGGCAUGAGAGUUGGUUUGAGCAAAAAACAGUGUGGCUAGGCUAUGCAUCGGGAAUCGUGAUUGGGAUUUCGAUAGCUUACAUUGCAUUUGAAAUAGAGAAACCCAAAUGGCUCAUGCGAGGUGUGAGAAUGCUGGAGAGAAGAGCAGCCGAGUGGACAGAGAAGCCAAAGCGGAAGGCCAUCAAAUUUCAUGGACAGUGAAAUUGUUUGAGGAGUUGUCUCGGUAAAAUAGCAUGGCAAAUUCAGUUAAUAAAGAUGUCACCAAACCAGCUUGAAAUGUUGUUUUCCUUA